AUGGCAUUGCUGUGUGGCCUUGGGAGCGGCGGCAUGGAGGCUCUCACCACUCAGCUGGGGCCGGGGCGCGAGGGCAGCUCCUCUCCCAACUCCAAGCAAGAAUUGCAGCCCUAUUCGGGAUCCAGCGCUCUUAAACCCAACCAGGUGGGCGAGACGUCGCUGUACGGGGUGCCUAUCGUGUCGCUGGUCAUUGAUGGGCAGGAGCGCCUGUGCCUAGCCCAGAUCUCCAACACCCUGCUCAAAAACUAUAGCUACAAUGAGAUCCACAAUCGCCGCGUGGCCCUGGGCAUCACGUGCGUGCAGUGCACGCCGGUGCAGCUGGAGAUCCUGCGUCGGGCCGGGGCAAUGCCCAUCUCCUCUCGCCGUUGCGGCAUGAUCACGAAACGAGAGGCUGAACGCCUGUGCAAAUCAUUCCUGGGUGAGCACAAACCACCCAAACUCCCCGAGAACUUCGCCUUUGACGUAGUGCACGAGUGCGCGUGGGGUUCUCGGGGCAGCUUCAUUCCUGCCCGUUACAACAGCUCCCGUGCCAAGUGCAUCAAGUGCGGUUACUGCAGCAUGUAUUUCUCACCUAACAAGUUCAUCUUCCAUUCGCACCGCACGCCCGACGCCAAGUACACUCAGCCCGACGCCGCCAACUUCAACUCGUGGCGUCGGCACCUCAAACUCAGUGACAAGUCGGCCACCGACGAACUGAGCCACGCUUGGGAGGACGUCAAGGCUAUGUUUAAUGGCGGGACACGCAAGCGGACCUUCUCGCUGCAAGGAGGCGGCGGAGGCGGCGCUAAUGGCACGGGGACCGGAGGAGGCUAUGUGAGCCCGGACUUCCUGAGCGAGGGCAGCUCCAGCUACCAUUCUGCCUCGCCCGACGUGGACACCGCGGACGAACCUGAGGUGGACGUAGAGUCCAACCGCUUCCCCGACGAGGAGGGUGCCCCGGACGACACCGAGCCCAGCGCACCCAGCACGGGAGGUGGCCCAGACGGCGACCAGUCCGCUGGGCCCCCAUCUGUCACAUCCUCAGGAGCAGACGGUCCCACAGACUCUCCUGAUGGCGAUAGCCCUCGCCCUCGUCGUCGCCUUGGGCCGCCGCCCGCUGGCAGAUCCGCAUUCGGGGACCUGGUGGCCGAUGACGUGGUGCGGAGAACUGAGAGGAGCCCACCAAGCGGAGGCUAUGAGCUACGGGAGUCUUGCGGGCCCCUGGGAGGCCCCGCGGCGGCCAAGGUGUAUGCGCCUGAGAGGGACGAACACGUGAAGAGUGCAGCUGCGGCGGCAGCGCUGGGCCCGGCGGCCUCCUACCUCUGCACCCCAGAGGCCCACGAGCCAGAUAAGGAAGACAAUCACUCGACGACAGCCGACGACGUGGACACUAGGAAAUCCUUAUCAGACCAAAGGAGUGUCUCCCAGCCAAGCCCUGCUAAUACAGAGCGAGGUGAAGAUGGGCUCACUUUGGAUGUCACAGGAACUCAACUGGUGGAGAAAGAUAUAGAAAACCUGGCCAGAGAAGAAUUGCAGAAAUUGCUUCUGGAGCAAAUGGAGCUUCGAAAGAAGCUGGAGCGGGAAUUCCAGAGUCUCAAAGAUAAUUUUCAGGAUCAAAUGAAGAGGGAAUUGGCUUAUCGGGAAGAAAUGGUGCAACAGCUGCAAAUUGUCAGAGAUACCCUGUGUAACGAACUGGACCAGGAGAGGAAGGCGCGCUAUGCCAUCCAGCAGAAAUUAAAAGAAGCUCACGAUGCCCUCCAUCACUUCUCCUGCAAGAUGCUGACACCCCGGCACUGCACCGGCAACUGCUCCUUCAAGCCCCCACUGUUGCCAUAGCACCGACUUGGCCGCGCCCACGCGCCCUCAAGCCAUGCUGCUCCUUUCUGUAAAUACCCGCUGCCGUGGUGGCCCAGAGCGAGGAACAAGCCAUUAGGACCGGACCGUUGUAAAUACAGUCGCUUGCCCGCUGGUCCCCAUCAGGGGCCGGCUCGGUUUUCCACUGUAAAUACUGCCUCGCCCCUCCUUUGAACUCCAGGGCAUCAGACCUCAAAGGGUAAACUAGACCCACCAGUGAAAGAAACCGGAGAGGGGAGAACGCUUUCACACACACCCCACUCCGGCCUGAGUAGGUCCCCCGGGACCCGGAUUGUGAAUAAAAUGUAGCAUCUUCGCUGGCUGCAGCCGCGCGCUCCCCGUCCCAUCCACUUCUGAAACUCUUGUUCCUAACGACAACGUGGCUAUGUGCAAUGGAUAUAAACGGACUGUGAGUCUCUUGGUUCAGUAUUAGGUUCAGUUUAUUUAUGCUGUAAGUUAUUUUACUUCCCCCGGGGCCCUUUCCAGUCCUCAUUUUGCAUUCAUUCCUCUUUAGAUUUUGCUUUGUGUGUUUUUGUUUUUGUUUUUGUUUUUGUUGUUGUUGUUGUUGUGUAACGUAACAGCACUUUAAAAGGGCGACAACUGACUCACGAGAUGGCGACCAUCUUGAGCCUAUUUGGGGAGACCUGUA